AUGAGCAGCCGCAAUCCUAAUACUUUAAUGAGUGUGCCGGACGAGCAAUUUGACUAUUUGUUCAAAAUAGUACUCAUUGGUGAUUGCGGAACCGGAAAAACAUGCAUUGUGCAACGGUUGAAAUCUGGUAACUUCAUAGAAAGGCACGGAAAUACAAUAGGCGUAGACUUUUCAAUGAAAACAUUGAUAGUAGAUGGGAAGAAAGUCAAGCUUCAGAUAUGGGACACUGCAGGGCAGGAGCGCUUCAGAACUAUCACACAGAGUUACUACCGCUCUGCAAACGGUGUAAUAAUUGUGUAUGACAUCACAAAACGAUCAACAUUUUUGUCAUUACAAAAAUGGAUUGAAGAAGUUAGAAGGUACACAUCCUCCAAUGUGAUAGUGUCACUGAUCGGUAACAAAUGUGAUUUGACCGAUCAGCGAGAAGUUGAGCCAGAUGAGCCUCAGUCAUUUUGCCGUUACGUACCGGAAAUAAUGUUCGUGAUGGAGACCUCUGCGAAGGACAACACUAAUGUUGAAGACACAUUCCGCAGUUUGGCUACAGAAUUAAAGAGACAACACGACAACAGUGAGGGUCCCCCCGCGGACUCCGACGCAGUGGUCCUUGGCGAGAGUCACUCGGUAACACGGUGUCAACCCUGCAGGUCAUCUUAG